ACUUCAGGCUAGGUGGCGUUAUGGCCAUAACAGCCUCGUUGUGAACUCCUCCCUGCAAUGCCUGUCAACAUUCAUCAUUUGAAACCAUCGGCGUUGACAAAUGGUUGUUCGUUUAGUGUUGCGUUCCGCCGAUGGAGCUCCCAGCACUAACAAGACAGCUUCAGUCCCCAGCUUAUGAGAGCAUGCCCCGACGUCGCUACCAGCUCAUCAGAAGGUGAAGGCCGUCGCGCACCAUGAGGCAUAAAAGCAGUGGCGGUAGAGCGGCGGAUGCACAUGUUACAUAAGGGGUUAAUCCACCUAGCCGGACACUGACUGUCAUCACACUCGUAGGGUUAAUGUCAUCACAGAGCGACCUUACGUGGUAGUAGUUUCCUAGGCGACAUUACACCGGAAGGAGAGGUGGAUAGAAGCUCUCCACUUCCGGAGGUAGAGAAAUAUUAGUAGAGUCUCGUUCUGGAUAAUAGUGAUUCGCAGACUCGGAUGGUGUGUUCACUGUGGAUCAAGGUUUAGUUCUCCUUCGUCCCGACUGUUUGUGUGAUUCAUAUAUAGGAUCUAUUGCAGUAGGAUACACCAACAACCAUUUAUAUUGCUUUGUGUACCAACAAGGAGGGCAUUCGGUUGACCCUCUGUGUAUUGACGAGUGAACACAAUGACUGAUGCAGAUAACAGGGUUAUCCUCAAUGUAGGGGGCAUACGCCAUGAGACGUAUAAAGCCACCUUAAAGAAAAUCCCGGCCACCCGAUUGUCCCGUUUGACGGAGGCCUUGGCCAACUAUGAUCCAGUACUCAAUGAGUACUUCUUUGAUCGCCAUCCCGGGGUCUUUGCUCAAAUCCUCAACUACUAUCGUAGUGGCAAACUUCAUUACCCGACGGAUGUGUGCGGUCCGUUGUUUGAAGAGGAGUUGGAGUUUUGGUCUCUUGAUGCCAACCAGGUGGAACCCUGUUGCUGGAUGACAUACACCCAGCACAGGGACACCCAAGAUGUGCUCGCCAUCUUGGAUCGGUUGGAUCUUGACACAGACAAACCAACAGAAGAGGACAUCAUGAAGAGGUUUGGACUUGAGGAAGAGUACAAACAGGGCGAGCUGAACUGCUGGCAGCGGAUUAAACCAAAAAUCUGGGCAUUGUUCGAUGAACCGUACUCGUCUACAGCCGCAAAGGCAAGUCACCAGGUGUUUUGACUUAAAUUGCCACCUUUCAGUGUGUAGAGUCCUUGUUGUGAUAGUCAUGUCAACAUUGACAACCUCCCCUUGGCUAGGCCUCAAUACACUGAACCAUGGGAAAACAAAAGAGAGAGUUU